AAUAGCGAUAGCGGGGGGCGGGGCGCGCCGCUGGCUGAUUGAUCCCAGCUCUGGCGUUGUUCAGUCGGAGCGAGAACAUUCUAGAGAUUGCCCGGCACCGCUCUCCCUGGUGAUACCGCCCGCUCCAGGACGCCGGGACCCGGAGGCUGCGGCGUCCGCCUCCGCCUCCCUCUCCCGUCUGGAUAUAAGCGCCCCCUCGGCCCUGUUCUCCUCUCACAAUCGGCUUCGUCGCAGCCCGGGGCGAGCAGCGUUGGGUUUAUGUCUUUAUUGGACGAAAACGAGCUGUUGCGCAGCCACUGGUACCUGUAUUGGGGAAACAUAGCGUACAAGCAAGAACCUUACAGCCUCAGUGGCGAAAAUUUUUUCAUGUCAGAGACCGAGAACUCUUGCAGUCGUUUAUGUCAUCCCGUCUUCUCCAGACAGAAGAUACCAAAAAACUGCAAUCAAAGAUCUCUUCAUCUUAUUGAUAAAGCUACUAAUAAGGCAAAAUGUCUGUCAACGUCAACCGCAGUGUUUCAGAUCAGUUCUAUCGCUACAAAAUGCCCCGUCUGAUUGCCAAGGUGGAGGGCAAAGGAAAUGGAAUAAAGACGGUUAUAGUCAACAUGGUUGACGUUGCAAAGGCGCUUAAUCGGCCUCCAACGUAUCCUACCAAAUUUUUUGGUUGUGAGCUGGGAGCACAGACCCAGUUUGAUGUUAAGAAUGACCGUUACAUUGUCAAUGGAUCUCAUGAGGCGAAUAAGCUGCAAGACAUGUUGGAUGGAUUCAUUAAAAAAUUUGUUCUCUGUCCUGAGUGUGAGAAUCCUGAAACUGAUCUGCAUGUCAAUCCUAAGAAACAAACUAUAGGUAACUCUUGCAAAGCCUGUGGCUAUCGAGGCAUGCUUGACACAAACCAUAAACUCUGCACGUUCAUUCUCAAAAACCCUCCUGAAAGUGGUGACACUGGUACAGGAAAGAAAGAAAAGGAGAAGAAGAACAGAAAAGGCAAGGACAAAGAGAAUGGUUCUGUGUCCAGCAAUGAGACACUUCCACCCCCACCACCAGAGGAGAUUACUCCUCCACAGGUUGUGGAGGAGGAGGAUGAUGAUGACUGGGGUGAGGACACAACAGAAGAGGCCCAGAGGCGUAGAAUGGAUGAAAUCAGUGACCAUGCAAAGAACCUCACACUUAGUGAAGACCUGGAAAGAACUGUGGAGGAGAGAGUCAACUUACUAUUUGAUUUUGUAAAGAAAAAGAAGGAAGAAGGUGUCAUCGAUACUUCUGACAAAGACAUUGUAGCAGAAGCAGAGAGACUGGAUGUAAAGGCUAUGGGCCCACUUGUUCUCACUGAAGUCCUUUUUGACGAAAAGAUUCGUGAACAAAUAAGAAAAUACAGACGUCACUUCCUUCGUUUCUGCCACAACAACAAGAAAGCUCAGAGGUACCUUCUCCAUGGCUUUGAGUGUGUGGUAGCCAUGCAUCAGUCUCAGCUUAUUUCGAAAAUACCACAUAUUUUGAAGGAAAUGUAUGAUGCAGAUCUUCUGGAAGAAGAAGUCAUCCUUGGCUGGGCAGAAAAGGCCUCAAAGAAAUACGUUUCAAAGGAGCUUGCCAAAGAAAUCCGUGUCAAAGCAGAACCAUUUAUUAAAUGGCUAAAGGAAGCUGAAGAAGAAUCUUCCGGUAAUGAAGAAGAGGAUGAAGAUGAAAACAUAGAGGUGGUGUACUCCACAACUGCCAGUGUACCUAAAGUUGAAACUGUGAAGCCUGCAAACAAUAAAGAUGAUGAUAUUGAUAUUGAUGCCAUUUAAAGUGAUGCAACAUAGCUUCCAGCAUAGUAAUGCAAACUUCUCUGCGUUUUCUGCCAGAAGUGUGACUUGUAUGUGCACAAGCUGAAAUGGCUUAACGUCCUGCUACUUUGUACUCUAAAAUGUAUCUUUUUACUGUGACUGGUCUUGUGUAACUAAGCCUAAUACCAAGGAGUCAGCACGUCGGUGAACUGAUCUAGUUUGCAACUGGCAUGUUCUAUUUUGUUUUUCUAACUUGUGUUGGACACAUACUUGGAGCACAUUUAUACAGUUGUGGAAAUAAAGGAUUUGGUUUUGGUCAAUCUUCA